UGUCCUUCAAGAAACACAUAAAAGGACCCAUAACCUCUCCUCUCUCCUCCUAUCCAACGCUUCCAAUCGAGGUCUUCUCGAUAACUCUCUGCAACUACAACAACAAUUCCCACAAUUCUCUAUCUCAUAGUAACUAUUCAGAGUACAAACAGACACGCAAACUAGUCAAAGGACUUGGAUAUGUGCAGUGGUUCAAAGGGUAAACUUUGUUCAUCAAACUGUGUCAUGGAAGGUGAAUUUCUGAUGCAGAAUAAUGGGUUUUUCUAUGAUGGCUCGGUUUUGCUUGAAUUGUCUGCCACCGAUGAUCUUGAGGCCUUCAAGAGUGAAGUAGAAGAGAAGGGCUUUGAUGUUGGCAAGGCAAGUUUUUGGUAUUGUAGAAGAAUUGGGUCGAAGAAGAUGGCGUUCGAAGAGAGGACCCCUCUUAUGAUUGCUGCCAUGUAUGGUAGCACUAAGGUUGUGAAGUAUAUUAUUGAGACUGGCAAGGUUGAUGUCAAUAGGGUUUGUGGCUCGGAUAGAGUCAAUGCCCUCCAUUGUGCUGUUGCUGGCGGUGUCAAUUCUUCGCUCGAGAUUGUUAAGCUCUUACUUGAUGCAUCUGCUGAUGCUAACUGUGUGAAUGCUAAUGGGAAUAAGCCUAUUGAUUUGAUUGCUCCUGCUUCGAAGUCACCAUCCAAUUCAAGAAGAAAGGCGAUGGAGUUGGUUCUGAAAGGUGACAAUUCAGUCGGGGAAGGUGACCAGUUUUUGACUGAAGAGGAAGAACUGCAAAGGAGUGUGAUAACUCAAGGAACUGAGAAGAAAGAAUAUCCCAUUGACAUAUCGCUGCCUGAUAUUAACAAUGGGAUAUACGGGACUGAUGAAUUUAGGAUGUACACUUUCAAGGUGAAGCCUUGUUCAAGGGCAUACUCCCAUGAUUGGACAGAAUGCCCUUUUGUCCAUCCUGGGGAGAAUGCGAGGAGGAGAGACCCACGGAAGUAUCCUUAUACCUGUGUUCCAUGCCCAGAGUUCCGGAAGGGGGCAUGUCCAAAGGGUGAUUCUUGUGAAUAUGCUCAUGGGGUUUUCGAGUCAUGGCUUCAUCCUGCCCAAUACCGUACCAGGCUUUGCAAGGAUGAGACUGGGUGCGCACGCAAAGUUUGCUUCUUUGCUCACAAGCCUGAAGAAUUGCGUCCCGUGUAUGCUUCCACAGGUUCAGCAAUGCCAUCACCCAAGUCCCAUUCGGUGGGUGCACUGGACAUGACAGUAUUGAGUCCAUUGUCUCUCAGUUCAUCAUCUUUGCCAAUGCCUACUACUUCAACGCCACCCAUGUCUCCCCUUGCAGCUGCUUCUUCCCCCAAGGGUGGAAACUUGUGGCAAAACAAAGUUAACACCACUCCACCUGCCUUGCAGCUCCCUGGUAGUCGGCUCAAGACUGCUUUGAGUGCUCGAGAUUUAGAUUUUGAGAUGGAAUUGCGGGGGCUAGAAAGUCACGUUAGCCAACAGCAGCAGCAGCAGCAGCAGCAACUGAUUGAUGAGAUAGCUCGUCUCUCAUCCCCUUCCUGCUGGAGUAAGGAAUACAGUAGGAUUGGAGAUUUGAAACCUACUAACCUUGAUGAUGUUUUUGGAACUCAUGAUGCUUCCAUGUUGUCCCAAUUGCAAGGACUAUCACUAAAAUCCACUACACCAACCCAAUUACAAUCUCCAAAUGCUCAUCAGAUGCGUCAGAACAUGAACCAACUUCGUGCAAGCUACCCAACCAAUCUAUCUUCAUCUCCAGUGAGAAAACCCUCAUCCUUUGGGUUUGACUCAUCUGCUGCAGUUGCAGCAGCAGUGAUGAAUUCCAGGUCUGCAGCCUUUGCCAAGCGAAGCCAGAGUUUUAUUGAUCGUGGAGUAGGUACUCACCGUCCUGGACUUACUGCAGCUGCCAACUCGGCAUCUAUGAUGUCCUCUACUCGUUCAGAUUGGAGCUCACCUGAUGGGAAAUUGGAUUGGGGUAUUCAAGGAGACGAACUGAACAAGCUAAAAAAGUCCGCUUCUUUUGGGUUUCGAAACAACAAUGUGGGGACAACCUUGUUGCCAUCUGCAGUUGAUGAGCCAGAUGUCUCUUGGGUUAAUUCCUUGGUUAAAGAUGUUUCUCAUGACAGUUCUGGGCUGUUCGGCGCAGAGAGGCAGCAGUAUAAUCAUGGUCGAGGUGGCCAUGAGUUGCUCCCACAAUGGGUGGAGCAGUUGUACAUAGAGCAGGAGCAGAUGGUGGCAUAAGGGACACAUCUGCCUGAGUUGCUCCAAGCUUAUCCUGACAAAGUCGAUAUUCUUUGAAUUUUUAUUAGUUGAUUUAGUAUUCAACAAUUGUAGCUUAAUGUAGAGAAGGGAAAAGGGUCAUAGAAGAACAAAUUUCAAGGUCUAAAACUUUGCAGGAAGAAUGAUUUCCUGCUAGGUUAGUUAUUAUUUGGAGUAAGAUUUGAUUAGCAAAGAUGCUGAUUUAAAAAAAAAAAAAAAAAAAAUUAUAUUGUAUUUUUUCCGACUCCCUUGGGGGUUGUUUAUUAAUUAUUAUUUAUUGGUAUGUAAACUGUAUACGAAUCAGAGGCAAUGAAGUAUUUAUUAUUUCUAUGAUCAAA